UCACAACGAGAAGAAACACAAUAGAGAGAGUGUUUAGAGAGCUUCGGUUUUCGCACAAAACCGCGAGUAUUGAGAGGAGCUGUUUUAUCCUGGAGACGACCGGUUGAUAGUCUGCCGUGCGCAUCGAAGGCAGUGCCGCGAACGUCUUAAAGAGAGCGACCUAGUCCGCGACUCAGCUCCAGAUUCGGUAACCUAGUUCCUUUUGUUGUUCCGUUCCUAACACGCUCUCAGAUCCCGAUACCUAGUCAUUCGGAAACACCUUCGCCAUCAACACUCAUGUCGCGGCCCCAAGCAUAACUGUACUGAGGGAUGACGGUUAAAAAGUUGUCUGGGGAACCCACCGUUGCAAUGCCAAAUUAUGGGAAUUAUGAUCAACAUGAGACGAAGAAGAUGGAUUUGUUGUGAAAUUAUUAAUUAGGGUGCCGGUGUUCACUUUCACUUCCUGCCGAUCAAUGGAACUUCAUGAUAAAAAUAGGGAAUAAGGGUUUUUUAGAAACAAAUAAUUUUCUUUUUGUUGAUUAUUAAAAAAAAUUAAAAUAAUGAAUUUGAAUAAAAAAAAAGGCUCCGACCAAAAAAAAAAAGAAAAAGAAAAAAGCUUUAACCAUAAUAUCUGGUUGAACCAUGUUUGAUUGAGUGGUACUUAUUAAUCAAUGACCUCAUUAACAUCUACAGAUCCAACGACUACAAAGAUGACGGCGCUAGUGCCGUGGCUGUACCAUAGAAAUGCCGGGGGAAUGCAUUUUAUAUUGUAGGAGAAGAAGCAACGAAAUAGAUGGGCGAAUGAAUUUUGUUUUUUACUUUUGUAUUUGUUGUUAUUGCAAUUAUUACUAUUAUUAUAAUAUUUAGUUUUCAAUUUAUUGUAAUAAUGAGAUGAAAUUUUUAAACGAUUAAUUUUUUUUAAAUUGCCAUGUCAAUAAUUUUACGGUCAAUUAUUAAAGUUGACCGCCACAUCAGCAAAAGUUAACGGAGAGUCGGAGACUAACGACCAGUGACCAAACAUGAAUUGUUAACCUAAUUUUAGUGACUACGGAUGAAAUAAAGUAAUUCUAGUGGUUAACGUGAACUUUACUAAUGAUUAAUUCAAGUGACCAACCUUGCAAUUUAUCCUUAUAAAAAUUGUGUUUAUUUGACAAUUUUUUUUACUUGGGUUGGACAAAUGGGCGGGCCAAUAGUGAUUUGGGCCGGGCCUUGUUAUCUUUUCGUCCGACUGUUUGGGUUCUUGCAGAGUCUAGAAAGUUACCGUUGAAACCAUGUCAGCUCUAGAAAGUUACCGUUGAAACCAAUUCAAAAAAUCUCGCAUACAAGGAACGGAACAGAGUACCACACACACACACACACAGUCCCCUCCCUUCAUCUCACUCUCUCUGCUCGUUCAAGAAAAGAAAAUCCUUGUCGCCCUCUUUCAGUCUCAACCUAAACCAACUUUGCACAUUCUUGCAGCCUAAGAAAUGCGACAUCACGAUCAGGCGUCGCCGUUGCCGGGGAAGAAACUCCCUUCUUCGUCCCCCAAAGACACCGACGAGAAGCGGUUGAUGUCACCGACGAUGAAUCGGUUCAUGUCUCCCACGAUCAGUCGUCGCCAUUGCUGCGAAAAAAACUCCGGCGUUCAUCCCCACGAUCAGUCAUCACCAUUGCUGGGAAAGAAAAUUCCUCCUUCCCCAAAAGACACCGACGAGAACUCGUUGAUUUCGCCGCUGACCAUGAAGCGCUUCAUGUCACCGACAAUCUCAGCAGCUUCAAAGGUUCAUUCCCGAAAGAAAAUUUUAGGGGAACGAAGUGAAUCUCCAAUACUUACCUUUAAAGAUGGCGAUGAGAACUUGAUGGCCACUCAAGAAAUGGUGUCGCCGAUGACGAAAUCUACAGCUCUGAAUCCUCCAAUUGUCUUUCCUUCUUCUCCAACAUUACUCAACGUCGACUUGACUGAUAAUCCAGAUGGCGAUGAGAACUUGAUGACCAAACAAGAAAUGGGUCGCCCAGAUGCGGAUAAUCUCAAUAAGCCCACUCCAAAGCAGUUCGUGUCGCCGAUGAUGAAACCUACAGCGUCAGAGGUCAAUCCUCCAAUCGCCAUUCCUUCUUCUCCAAGACUGCUCGACUUCGACUUGAUGAAGGCCAACAAAGAAAUUAGGGAAGAAACAGACGAUUGGUCGCCAUUUUCUUACGACCCAGUAAGGAAUAAUCUAGUCCCGAGACCUCAAUUUCUGCGCUACAAGCCAAACAAAGAAACUAAUUCAGAGAAUGAAGAAGAGCAUAUUGGGAGUGAUGAUGAAGUUUUGUUGGAGACUUCAGCCAGCAAAGAAACUGAUUCAGAGAAUGAAGAAGAGUAUAUUGGGAGUGAUGAUGAAGUCGAAGAGGAGAACUUUGAUGACACGGAGAUGGAAGGAAGUUCAAUUUGUAGAGGGGUUCUUCAAUUCGUGCUUGUUCUGGCCGUUUUGGUACUCUCCACUGCUUAUAUCACUUCAAUGAAUGGCAACCCAGUUGAGAUUGAUGGGUUCCCUAACUAUGCUGAUGUCCUUCGUCACAAUCAAGAAAUUAAGAGCUACCCAGUUGCAUUUGUGUCAAGAAUAGAGGUUAAUGGAAGCUGGUUGUCGUUGGAUGAAGAUGGAACACCAUCACUGCUGAAGAUAAUCAAACCUCAUAUUCCUCUUGAUGAAGGUGAAGAAGUGAAGCAGGUGAUGGAGAAAGAGAUUACGGAAGGUGAAGAAGUAACUCUGGAGGAGGAGGGUCGAGAAGAUGAUGAAGAAGUAGAGCUGUUGUCAUUUCAGCAGCCACUUUUUCUUCCACAGCUGAAGAUCGUCAAACCUCAUAUUCCUCUUGAUGAAGGUGACAAAUUGGUGAUGGAGAAAAAGAUUACAGAAAGUGAAGAAGUAGCCCUGGAAAAGGAGGGUCAAGAAGAUGAUGAUGAAGAAGGAGAGUUGCUGUCACUUCAGCAGCCACUUUUUCUUCCACUGCUGCCUGCUGCUGAAGUACAAAGCUUGAUUGAUGGAGGAAAUGGUCAAAUGGAUGUUGAUACGGGAAGAAUGUCUGAUGAAAUGGUUCACUACAGGGAAAUUCAACAGCCAAAUGAUGAUGGCGUGCUUGAGAAUGGGAAGGCUCCUAAUCCCAGACUAACAACAACAGAAGUAGAAGAAGAAAAUCACGACUACAUGGAACUGACUAAGAAGCUCAGUUAUGACUUCAAUGUUGACAAUGGGCCAGUCCUCGGGCCUAUCCUUGCAGUUAUAGCAGCAGCUUCAACCUUCGUAUUGGUGCUACUACUCUGCGGUUUGAAGAGGAAAAAGGCUGUUGCUCGGAACGACGGCUUGUUGCCAAGUAAGGGUCGUGAUUUACAGCCGGCUCCAUUGUCGCCUCCACAAAAUCUUAUCGAUGCAUUCAUCCCGGAAAGAAGGGUUGCUCCCUUUAAAUCCAGUGGAGCACCAACAGUUGAACUCCUUGGGGAGAUUGUGGGGAUCGGGUCUAGAGGCAUUGGCGGUGGAACUCAGUUGAAGCCAGAGAAGAAGGCAUCAUCAAAUGUUCAACCUCAGCCAGUUGCUACUGCAGCUUCUGCCUCAAGCACGAGCAGCCCUAGCAGCAGGAAGAAGGAGGUGUUGGUAGUGGGAGGAAAAGGAAAGGCAACCAAUUCAGUGCCUGCUGGUGGGACAACAACACCAACUAGUGCUACUCCAUUGAGGAGAUCAAACAGACUCGCCAGCCGUGGGAUUACAUCUCCUUGAUUGGAUAAAGAGAAGAGAGGAAAGCUUGUAACUUGAAACACAUGCCUCGAUUGUUUCAUUGUCUUGAUCAGUAGCUUGUUUUAGAUUAGUGUUAUUAGCUAGUAUUACCUCGGAAUCAAUCAACCCCCUCCUAUGCCUUGAUUGUUUCAGUGUCUUGAUCAGUAGCUUGUUUUAGAGUAGUGUUAGUAUUAAUUCUGAGUAAAUGAACCUCCCUUCUGUGUUGUAUCUGGGGUGAGAGUAAUUGGCUUGCUGCUGCACUUACUUCUAGCCACAAUACUGAAGUCCUGAUUAUGAUAUAAAAGGAAAUGUGUCAUAUGAAGUGAGAGGUCUGAUUUUUUUUAUUUAUUCAUAUGCUUGCUCUGCCAUAUUCAUAUGAUCACACUGGUUGACGUUCAACUAGAAGUCAUUCUGAUAAUGAAUUUCCAGAAAAUGG